AUGAUGAGGCUGUGGAUCAGAGCUGCAGCUGUCCGGAGGAGGGUGAUUUGCUUCUGGCUGCUGCUGCUCGGGUUCGCCUUGAUCACUCUGGCUCUCAUAGAUCAUUUUAGCCAAGACCGGAAUCACAGUCACCAGAAUCCUGGUCCUCCUCGCCGGCCCCUCCAGCGGAUCCCCAGUGCGCCGGACCUGGAUGUCAUCGUAGACCCCUGGGACCCUGCAUUGGAGCUUGGUGGGGAUGUCGCCCCUCUAGAAUCGCUGCAAGAAGACCAGCUUCUCUACGUGCCAUCGACGCAGGGCACCAAGAGCCUGCAGCAGAGGAAGGGAAAUUACAAGGUGAUUCUGCCCAGCGUGAGUAAGGAAACCACCGUUCAUGCGUCACGGACGCACGGUGCAACGGAGACUGAAGUGGGACAACGACUGAAAGAAACAGACAAAGAUUUGGAGCUCUCUGCGGUGCAGAAAUACGGACUGAACGAGGUGAUGAGUGGAAGGAUUUCUUUGCACCGCCGGUUACCUGACACGCGCCAUCCUGAGUGAGUGGCCGAAGUGCUCUACCCACUUUUUCAAAGAAAAAACGCGCCAAAUCACACGAUGAUGUUGCUAAAGAGUGGUGCACGUUUCUCUUUACGCAGGUGUUUGGGUGAGCAGUACAGCGAGUCUCUGCCGCCCGCCAGUGUUAUAAUCUGUUUCCACGAUGAGGCUUGGUCCACGCUGCUGCGCACAGUGCACAGCGUCCUGGACACAGCACCUAAACAGUACCUGCAGGAAGUCCUGCUUGUGGACGACCUCAGUUCUCACGGUGAGUGUCUCUCUCUCUCUCUCUCUCUCUCUCACACACACACACACACACACACACACACACACACACACACACACACACACACACACACACACACACACAUUAUCUGUUAAAACCUCAUGGCUUUAUCGAGGUCUGUGUUACUCCGCAGGACACCUGAAGAGCGUGCUCAGUGAGUACGUGUCUCACCUGGACGGGGUGCGUUUGAUCCGCAGCACCAAGCGCUUAGGCGUCGGGGGCUGUCGAUCCCUGGGUGUUUCUCGAGCUGCAGGGGAGGUGUUGGUGUUCAUGGACUCUCACUGUGAAUGUCAGAAGGGCUGGCUGGAACCUCUGCUGGAGAGGGUGGCUCAGGACAGGUAUAGACUGCUCAUGAAUUUAAUCAAUCGGGGCACAUCCGGAGUUAACAGAGGAUGGCAGCCAAACUAGAAGGUUAUGCUGAGGUGGAAUGGAGUUUGUUUGCGCUUAUAGACACACGUGUCUUUAACUUUUCAAAUGACAGCUUUUAAAGUUGCAUACCACAUCGAUUAAAAAUACUUUAACAGAGACAAUGUCACUUACCUUGACUCAUUUUAAGGCAGUUAAUGACAAACAGGAUAUAGGGAGUCUGCAGGGGCCCCAGGAGGAACUCCUGUCCAACACAAAGUGUUUGUCUAAGUGAAAAGCUAAUAACGCCAAAUUACAGCUGGUAUUAACACAGAACAGAAAAAUAAUGCAAAUCGUGGUAUUUACUGACAUUAGCAAAAGAGCUGAAGUGGACUCAUGAUCCAAGAAGGGGAUAAUUUUCCAAAAGUCACAAAAACAGAAGCCUACCAAGAAAAGAAAUUGUGCUACAUAUGAAUGUCACAAUAAGUCCCUUUCAUCAGGCAGAGACUGGAUGAAAGUUUGAGGGGUGUCCUUCAAUGAAAGACCCAGCAAGGACCUUUGACUGACUUUUCACUGGCAUUUGUCGAGGUGGCCAGGCCUGGUUAACAUUUGGGCCUAGACGGCUUAUCUCUACUAAUCACAUCUACUUUAACCACCAAAACAUAGUUUAAAAAAGUGUUAUAUUUUAUAAAUCUUUGACUCUAAAUAUAAGUCAUCUUUGUGGCAGCAUUUAAUUCUGUUAAACUUAAUUCUUUGAGGACUUAACCUGAUGAAACACAACCCAAAUAGUUUAUUUCAAUACAAGUGCUGCAUCUGACAAGGCAAAUGGCCAAUCGUGUACAGUAUCAAUCCUAAUAGUUUAGGAUUUCAGGGUGGCCACCUCCUGACUCAGCCCCCUGCUGAGGCCACACCCUUGAUACCUCCUUGCUCAUAAUCCACAACAAUGAUGAACAUUAGUGCCAAAUCUUUCAUAAUGCAUAGAGUUGGUCUGUAUUCACACUAAAUUUCAGCUAUACUCUGUUAGUUCACAUACUACCAAAAGUAAGAUAGAGGGAAGAGGAAGAGAGGAUGCAGAGCUGAGAGUUGUAAGUUGUCCUCCUUCAUUAGUUAAAGAGUGGAUACAUGUUCCAUGUGUGCUCUCAUGAUUUGGCUCAGGUUUUCUGUCUGAGGCUGCCUGCAGCGUGCCUCUGAUCACACUGGCUAAUUAGGCUGAACUCUCAGACCUGGAAUCUGCAAACACUCAGCCACAUGUCUGACCCUUCUUUCUAUUUCUUCUUCUCUUUUUCCUCUUUAAUCUCUUCUCUCCAUUUCCUGAGAGAAUCACAUCACACGUGGCUGUUUGGGAGGAAUAUUUCAAAUAACACAUGUGCACCAGAACAGACCCCAACAAAGGAUGGUGCGUGUCUCUAAAUUUGGCCAAUUGACAUGAACUCUGGUGUGGAAUUUUUCCUCAGUUUUUCGGACCUGUAUCACUGCACAGAGGCAAUGACUACUGAGUAAAAAAUUUAACAAAAGAAAGCAUGCAAAGAAUAAUAAAUCUUUUUUUUUUCUCAGAGCUCUGGCUGACAGGCGCCUGGUUUUAAAUCAUACCGUCCUGCCCAUUUUCCAUCAAGUGUACUUGACAAACAAAAGAAGAAAUCUCAUAUUUGAAUAUCAAACUAUCUGUGCAAAUAAACCUUGUGUGUUUUUAAACAGGACCAAAGUCGUGUCCCCCAUCAUGGAUGUGAUAGACUGGCAGACCUUCAAGUACAAUGCCACCCAGUGGCCAGUGAGGGGGGUGUUUGACUGGAGGCUUGACUUCCACUGGGAAUUGGACCCUCAGCUACAACACAAAGACGCAGACUCAGCUGUUCAACCGGUGACGUGAGUUGAGAGGCUUUUCAAAAUACUCUUCAAACACUUGAACUCAAAUGAACUUUGAUAAGAGAGCAAAAAAACAGAAAAAGGUAUGUUGAUUGUGUCUCUCGCAGGAGUCCCGCAUUGGGAGGUGGUGUUGUGGCCAUGGACAAACAUUUCUAUCACAGUGUUGGAGGCUAUGACCCAGGGAUGCUCCUGUGGGGAGGAGAACAAGUUGAGCUGUCGAUCAGGGUAAAUCAAACACUUUUAAUGAAGAACUUUCCACUCAAACCCUCCCAACCUAAUGACCGCACAGGACAGAGACAUCCAGCGAGCACUAUCUUCUACAGUGCUUUUCUGAGAAGGACUCAGCUGCCUUCACUCAGGACUUCAGGAAUGUUGUUUUGGGACACUGUGCUUCUAGCAAAUGGAAAUCUCAGGUUGAACAGAGGUCUGGGAAUGUCUGGGCCAUUUGACAAAUGCACAAGUAUGAGAGGAAAAAAGUUUUUUGACCAUUUGAUUUUACUCUGAUGACCUCUCAAACUAACAGUGUGUUAUUGUAGCUUGUUUUGAAGAGCGCUUCAGUGGUCCAAAAUCAGCAUGAGCUUAACAAAAGACGGCAGGGGCAUGCCUAGACUUUAUCAGACUAGGGUGGCCCAGAUGGGUCUCCUAUUUACUCAAAAACUGAUGUCAGUCAAGACCAUAGACUGUAUAUAUGGACAAUUUGGUUCUGCCUUCUCCCAGUAUAUGGAUUUGAAGCCGAAAAGCUCUCGGUAUUUUUCUCCACUCCCUUAAACCAACGUUGCGCAAUAGCGUUGUACGCACUCCACCACUUGCGCAGAAGCAUUGUACGCAUUUGACAGGAGAGUCACCGCGAGUCGCUGUGAUUACGUUCGGCUCAAACAGCGUAUCCCCCGGGUGAGCUACACAAUCUUCGUAAGCUCAUAGGCUGUAUCAAGUGUCAAUCAUAGAAAACAUGAACCCCCUAAUAACUUUUAAAAAUGGAGCUGCACAGAAAAAAGGACUUGAGCACAAACCAGUCUUACAGUAACUACAUGUCAACAUCGCAACCAGGAAGGAGAAAAAUGUAUAUUCUGCGUAAUUAAUUUCUAAAGUUUGUUAACAGCUCCAUAGAGAUUGCUGGAGGAGGCGGGAUUUAUGACCUAUACUGCAGCCCGUCACCAGAGGGUGCUGUUUUCAGGGUGGCUUCACUGAGCGUGGAGGCAGACAGCGUCCAUUCUAUAUACAGUCUAUGGUCAGGACCACUUUUCUCAAAGAGAGUAAAUCAUUGGAUGCAAAGUCAAGGCAGGGAGAGCAGCAGCAAAGACUUCUAUCGUACAGAACAGAGCAGACAUCAUAUGAGUACAGAUAAACCAGACAAAAGGUGGAGCUUGGAUGAUGGUGGGUUGCACAGCAAUUCGUAAAGGAAGCAGCAGGAAAUGGCCGGCAACAACAGAUCAGUCAGAGUUCAGGGGGCCAUGCCACCCCUGGCCACCUCUUUGGACACACCCCUGCAACAGAUUAAACACCUUCCAUUAAUUUCUGUUGUUACUGACAGAUUUCCUAAUUCUUCCCUGUUACCCAAGGUGUGGUCCUGUGGGGGCUCCAUGGAGGUGGUCCCCUGCUCCCGUGUUGCUCAUGUAGACCAUCACCACCUGCCUUACAGCUUCCCAGACCAGGAGGUUCUCCAGAGAAACAAGAUCCGCAUCGCAGACAUAUGGAUGGACGCUUACAGGAAGAUCUUUUACAGGAGGGACACUCUUGCUCAUUUCAUCAGACAGGUGUGUGCGUGUGCUUUGAUUUAAUCCAGAAGUUUAAUGAUUAAAAAUAAGUAAAGAGGUGCAAACAGGUGUGACUUUCUCUCUCUUGGAUCAGUCUGAGAGUCCCAACAUCACAGAGCGUCUGCGUCUUAAGAGAAGUCUGGGCUGCAGGAACUUCCACUGGUAUCUGACUACAGUUUACCCACAACUUUACAUCCCACAGGACAGACCUGCUCUUUCAGGAGAGGUAGCUUUCAGGAGAGGUAGCGCGCACACACACACACACACACACACACACACACACACACACACACACACACACACACACACAUUAACGCACACACACUUAUACACAGUAUUGUACCAUCCUACAAUGACCAACUGACCUGUUUCCAGCUGUACAAUGUGGGGACCGGUAGCUGUGUAGACUUCCCUCGUGUGCAGGGUUUGCAGAGCAGGGUCAUGAAUGUAGCACCAUGCAGCGGCACAGGCAGCCAGGUAACCAUGACAACAGCUGUCAGAUGCUGUGAGUAACACGUGACGCAAGCAUACUAAAGAUGGUCUCUGUUGUCGUGACAGCAUUGUGACCUGAACUCUGACUCUGAAGUGAGGUUUGGUCCCAACGGCGCCCUGUGUUUGGACGCAGAAGGAAAACAGGUGGUGGUAUCUCCCUGUCCCAAGCAGCGGCCGACUAGCAGCAGACUCCAGUGGAAGUUCAUAAAGGCACGGCAGCCAUUUAUAUUCCUAUUUCUUUAUAUCUCUGAGCACAUGUUCUCACUUUGGUAACUCUGUGUCUGGUUUGUGUUUUAGCUGAGCGGUCAACUCGUCCACCAGCUGUCACAGUUGUGUUUGGAGGCUGUGAAGGACGGAGAGAUCCCACAGGGCAGCACAGGGGGUCUGUUUCUGCGGCCCUGCACCCAUCAACCCCGACAACAGUGGCACUUUGAGCAACUUGUAGCUCCGAAAGGUGCCUGA